GGAAUGAGAGCGGAUGCCUUCUUUUAGACGAUAUUCCUGGCAGUAACUUAGAUUUGUCUCGCCUGACUUCGUAUCGUGUGGAUCAAUUAAAAUUUUGGCUUUCUUGUCGUGGAGAUUCAUUAAAAAAUCUACAUACCAAAGCUGCCUGUGUUCAAAGGUACAUGGUAAUAUAUAAAUUAGAGUUUUGCUUAGUCUAUAUGUUUAUUCAAGAAGCACAACAUCUAUAAAAUAUGUUUUCUUAUCUGUAGAAUCAAUAACUAUGUUAGAAAUGGUCAGCAAGAUAACCUGGUUGAUCCUACUGCUAAUCAAAUAUAUGUGCAGGGAAAGGAAUUGCAACAGGAGAAAGCCCAAAACACAAAUACUGUCACAAAUUCAAAUUUGUGUCUGAAAGGUAAAAUUGUCAUUGUCUAAUUGUCAUUGCCUAUAAAUUGUCAUUGUCAUUGUCAUUACAUGUAAUAUUGCAUUGCAUUGCAUUGCAUUACAUUGCAUGUGCAUUGUACUGUACUGUGUUGUAUAUGUGUAUAGGUAACCAAUAUCAUAUGAGUGAAAAGGUAAUAUCAGUUUUAAUGCUUGAUUAUGUGAUAAUAUAUCCUCUCUGGCAGUCGCUGCCUAUAUGUUAUGAUAUGAUUGUGCCAAAAUUAAAUUCUACUGUUUUUCUAUUAAUUUAGGUAAUUAUUGGAAAAGUACUAAUUUGGAAUGGUCGAAACCUCUUCUGGACCUCCCAACAUUGACCAUCAAGGAAAUUGAACAAUUCUUUGAAGAAUCAGGCAAAACUGGGAAGCCCCAAAAAAGAGCGGACAAUCUUCUCUACGAAAAUUUCUUGGAUAGUGUUUCAUGCUCGCAUGACACCAACCACUCUUAUGUUAGAGCAAUCUGCUGUGCUUCCUACACUAAGAGCCAGUACCAUCAACUAAGUUGCGCAUUGUCAAAAAAAAAGUGGACAAAUUUUAUAUGCACACUGUACAUGUAAAGCCGGACAAGGAGGCUUUUGUAAUCACGUUUACGCCCUCCUCAAGUUAAUAGCACAAACUCGACAAAUUAGACGAAAUUCCAUUGCAGCUUCCAUGCUCAUCAAGACCCUGUGGUUGGACAGUCCCAAAGGUGAGAAAUAUGAAUGUACAGAAAGAGACCGUGAUGGAGACUAUAAUUAAGAAACCUAAAUUGGGAAAAAAUACUGGGGUAAAAUGCAACCUUUAUGAGGCAAGAUCUUCUGAGCAACAAACAUUUGAUGCAAAUGCAAUUUUUGAAAUGAAAAAAAAAAUCUAAAAAAAGAUAAUCUAAUCCAAAGAUUCGAUGGUGGAUGGUGUGCGAAGUUCGGUUUCAUCUGAUGCAUGGUGUGAGACGAAAUUUGGAAAAGUACCCAUAUUCUCUCCUCUUGCUUAUCAAUGUAGUAAGCUGGGGCCAGUUGUACGAAAGGUGGAUAAGUUAUCCAGUGGAUAAGUCCUAUCCAAUGGAUAAAUCUCCUAUCCAAUGGAUAGCUAUCUGCCGAAUAAAAAUGCGUUGUACGAAGCACGGAUAGCAGGGUGGAUAGCUAUCCGUCGGAUAACCUUAAUUUUAACCGGAGAAAACUGGAUUUUCCUGAAAUUUCUUAUCUCUACGUCAACUGUUGCUAGGUAUUUGUAAACUUUUGUUGUAGUAUCUUCGUAUAACUUGUGAAUUCCACUAACCUUUGAACUAUCAACUUGCAAUAAAGUUUUUUUGUUCAUGUUUAUAUUUUGGAGUUUUUCUCGUCCAAUCGUUGCAAUACUUCGUUUUCCCACAGUGAAGAGUUUGCUAUCUACUUAUCGAUAUUUCUUUAAAAGAUUUUUGGCUUCUUUAUGCGAAGGCAAUAGCAAAGACUGCGAGUUUUGUUUUCUUGUUUCAGGACGUUAAUUCAGUUUUAUUUUAUAUACUGUCCGAAUAUUUGUUCUUUGACCUUUCACGUCAUUCAAAACAAUUUUAAUUAAGAACAUUUUCUCGCAAGAUUUGAUUGGCUGAUCAAAGCCAGCGAACAAAAUUUUUCGACUUUCGGUGCCUUGUUGUCUAUUUAAUAUAUGCAGCUAUAUUUGUUUGGCGUUGAAAGGAACUAAUUUAAUGAAAGUUUUAUUGCGUGUUUUCGAGCUAUAUAACAGAAAAAAAAGAAGGAAAAAAAACAGAAAACGUAACGUCUAAGCACUGACACAGGUCUGCAUAAAACAUGGCAAAGUCAUGGCAUUAUUUAAUGAGCAAGUGACUCAAAGUGAACUCGGUACGUCAAGAGCAAGAGAAGUCGUAAGUAAGUUUCCAUGUUUAUUUAGUGUCGAAAAAGGGACUUCUAAACGGUAUUUGUCGAUUUCUAUCACAAUAGCAAUCCUUUUUAAAUGAAAUACAUAUUGUUUUGUCUUCAAACUUUGAGUUUAUCCGCCGGAUAGUGGAUUUAAACUACCUCCGGACCUCGGAUAAAUUUAUCCAACGGAUAGUGCAUUUUAUCCGUUGGAUAGCGCUAUCCGAGCUUCGUACAACGCGAUUUUCACUCCGGAUAAAAUUUAUCCGCUGGAUAGCGACUUAUCCACCGGAUAGCGAUUUAUCCACCUUUCGUACAACCGGCCCCUGGGCAAUAACUUUAAUGUGUAUAUAAAUAUUGACAAAUGCCCUUCAAAUCCAGCCACUACUCCUACUACUUACCCAAACUUUCCAUACCGUAAUAUCCCCCAGUACUAUCACCAUGACCUUUCAACUCUUGCUUCUUCUCAAAAAGCAGUUUUUGAUAAACUUCAAGUGACAAAUGAACAGGCAGUUAUACUGGAGCAGACUACACAGUUACAGUCACAAAGUUCACUUUGGUUUAAAGAAAGGAAAUGCAGCGUCACAGCCUCAAAAGUUUAUGAUGUGUUUCAUUGGUAGAGGGGAAUGGACAAGCAUGCGGAAAAAUUUGUUAAUAGUGAUGUGUUGAAAGUACCUGAAAUUUUGCAAAAGAAAUUUGAUCAUGGAAAGAUCUACGAGCCUGUGGCUUUGGAAAAAUACCGGGUGUGUAUGAGAGAAGAGAUGGAUCCUAGCACCGAAGUAUAUCCUUGUGGCUUGGUAUUAAAUAGAAAUAAUUGUUGGUUAGGCAGCAGUCCAGAUGGCAAAGUUGUGUCAGGAGAUAUGUUUGGUAUAGCAGAAUGCAAGUGCCCAGAGCAGUACAAACAUUCAGAUGUCUUUGAUGUUGCAUGUAGCAACGAGUCCUCAAAUUUCACGCUGCAUGUUGAAAACAGUAAGCUGCAGCUACGAAAGACCCACCCAACAUAG